UCUCUUAUCUACCCAAUUCUCAAUAUUAUUAUUAGUCGAAAGUUUUGCGCUGAAAUUCUGUUUAGUGUUCCAUCGUCGUCUCGUUUAUCCGUAAAAUGUCACUGUUAUCGUAUCGUUUCAGACACUAAACACCGCCAAUAUUGUGAACCUUUUUCGAAAAUGAAGCCGACCGAACGUCGGGUCGUACGUUAACUGUGAUGUGCUUCCGACUCGCGGUCGAUGUGGCUGUGAACUGCAAAACACGACUUUCGACGACAAAAUGGCAUUGGCCAUCCGAGCGGCGCUAUUGGCGAUUCCGCUUUUAAUCGGAUUCCUGUACGUGGAUUCCCAGGACCUAAAUCACCCUAAGGAUGACAAGAGUUUGGCCAAAGUUAAUGUCUUGCAGUAUGAAGGAAUCAUAUUUUUGUCCACUCUCGAUGGCUCAUUCAUCGCGGUCGACCAAAGGUCUGGCAAGACUUUGUGGAAAUUUCGCGAUGAUCCGCCUGUAAAAGUUCCAUCCAAUAUAAAAGAUGCCCUCACGCCAUUGUUCUUGCCAGAUCCUAGAGAUGGUUCUCUAUAUUUACUACAUAAUAAGGAUAAAGUAGGAAUCAAAAAGUUGGAUGUUACUAUCCCUCAGUUAGUUGCUAACUCACCAUGUAGAAGUUCAGAUGGAAUAUUAUUUUCUGGCAAAAAAAUUGAUAGUUGGUACUUUAUUGAUUGGAAUACUGGUGAAAAACAUGCAUUUAUGAAUUUUGAAAAACAAGGUGAAAUAUGCACAGCGAUUGCUUCAAAAUCUAUACUAUUGAGUAAAUCUGAAUAUAGCGUAAUGAUGGUUGACAGUUUAAGUAGUGACCAACGGCAAUGGAAUGUUACAUUUUUCAGUUACAACUCUAAAACUAUGACCGAUGAACAGAAUUAUAAUCAUGGUAUGACAUAUUUUGCUGCUAGUUCAUCUGGUAAUUUUGCAGUUUUUCUUAAUCCAAAAGAUAAGUUAGAAAAAUCUUCUCCUAUUAACUAUCAUAAUUUACUCUGGGAAAGAGAAUUUGAUUCGCCUGUUAUUGGAGUUUAUCAGCAUGAUGGAGAAAGUCUUCUAUCGUUGCCAUUAACAAAUAUAGCUAAAGACUCCAUAAAGCAUUUGAUUUCAAACAUAGCAUUAUCAUCAAAGGAUCCAAAUUCAGUUAGUUAUUUCCAUACACUUUACAUUGGUCAUCACAUUAAUACUGGAUUAUAUGCUUUACCAGCCAUUGCAGACACUGGUGAAGUUAAUCCAUUAGUAGAUAGAGGAUUAAUUGUUCUUUUGGAUAAAACUUCUUUUUCGGUAUUGCCAUAUUAUAGUGGUAAUGAGUAUAACGUAGAACCUAAAAAUGUUGAAAACCACACAAUCUUAUUGGGGCACUACCAGCUGAAUCAAGAAUUAAAUACAGGUAUACCGAGAAUAACAGGUAACACCGAUUCAAUAAUUUACUAUCACAAUAUGAGUGGAUAUAACUACAGUAGUAAACAAACAAGCACAAUAUCUACUCAGACUCCUCAAUCUUUGGACUCGUGGCUUAUUGUUCAAAUGCUUGGAGACAAUGCUGGAAUUAAGUUAUUUAUGGUUGGAAUAACACUGUUGAUGAGUUUAAUGUUCUGGUAUUUACGGAAAGAAAUGAAAGGUUUGAAGAAUAAAUCGAAUAACAGUCAUAACAGUUCUCAGGGAAGUUCAAGAGGUUCUAAUCAUUCCAAUAGUAGUUCAUCUCAAAUAGUUGAAGAAUUACCUGAUGGUAGUUUUUGUAUUGGAAAAAUUAUGUUCCGUACAGAUGAAAUUUUAGGAAAAGGAUGUGAAGGAACAUCAGUAUUUAAAGGGGAGUUUGAAUGUAGGCCUGUAGCUGUUAAACGGUUGUUGCCAGAGUGCUUCAUUGCUGGAGAAAGAGAAGUACAUAUUCUCCGAGAAUCUGAUUACCAUCCUAAUGUUGUUCGUUAUUAUUGUACGGAACAAGAUAAACAAUUUCGGUAUAUUGCACUUGAAUUAUGUGCUGCAACUUUACAAGACUAUGUAGAAAAAAAGGAAUUAAGAAAUGAAAUUAGUCCAAAAGAAAUUCUAUCUCAGUCAAUUAAAGGUCUGCAGCACCUUCAUUCACUUGGAAUAGUUCACAGGGACAUAAAACCACACAAUGUAUUGUUGUCAAUACCAAUGCGUGGAAAUGGUAGUUUUAGUAGUGUACGGGCAUUGAUAAGCGAUUUUGGGUUAUGCAAAAAAUUACAGGGUGGAAAAAUGUCUUUUUCUAAACGUUCAGGCGUCACCGGAACUGAUGGCUGGAUAGCACCUGAAAUGUUUGUUACCAAUGCAUCUGUGACUAAAUCUAUUGACAUUUUUUCAAUGGGCUGUCUGUUUUACUACGUCCUCAGUCAAGGAAAACAUCCAUUUGGUGAUUCAUUGUGGCGUCAAGCUAGAAUAUUGGAUAAACGUCAAUCUCCUUGUCUCAAUGCAUUAAAUGAAAGUGAAAUUUGGAAACGUUUAAUAUCUCUGAUGAUAAGUCGAAACCCAGAAGAUAGGCCCACUGCCACAGCUGUCCGUUAUUAUCCAGCAUUCUGGGACAGCUCUACACUGCUAUCCUUUCUUCAGGAUGUUAGUGACCGUGUGGAAAAGGAACAUCCAAUGAGCCCUGUGAUGCUAGAACUUGAGAAAGGCGGUGAUGGAGUUAUCGGGCAAGAUGGGUGGCAUGAUAAAAUUGAUGAAGAAAUAACUUCAGAAUUAAGGAAAUACCGCACGUAUAGAACUGGGAGCAUUAGAGAUUUGUUAAGAGCGUUCCGAAAUAAAAAACAUCAUUUUCGAGAACUAUCUCUGGAUACACAGAAGUUAUUUGGUGAUAUUCCUGAUACAUUUUUAGAAUAUUGGACUAACAAAUUCCCACUGUUGGUGUAUCAUACCUGGACAGCUAUGCAAUGUUUAUCAAAUGAAAUCACAUUUGUUAAAUACUAUACUAGUUGUUACAAAUUUCCACGCACAGAAUUUUCUGAUUUGCCUAUCUGGCUAUAUGAAAAUGAUCAGCCCAUCGCAUUUAGCAGCUUACAAAAAGCUCCUAGACGUCCAAAUACGGGUACGAGUUGGCGACACAAAAAACGUGGAAAAACUGUUGAAUCUUCUGAACAAUAAUUUUUCAAUGUUUACAAAAAGGUGUUCAGCACUUAAUCUUGCUCCUGUUCUUAUUGACACUGGUGUCAACGAGAAACUACCACCAUCUCGUCUGGAAAUAUGAAAACCAUCGUUGUUCAUA